UCGCCUCGCCUUUGUAAAUUGUAACGCUGAUAAACCCUGUAUUCUCAAUCUCACAACAAGUCUCCUCCCUCUAAAAGGCUCUUUCUAGAUUCUAAGGAACGCUUUCUAACAAAGAGCGGGAAAAAGCUAAGACUCAUCCAGUUAGGGUUUCUGGAGCACUCUUCGUAGAUUAGGUUUUCCAGUGACGCGAAUCACUGAAACUAUGUAUAGAACCAAUAUCAGUUGAAUUGCUUAGCUUCCUUCACAGGAGUGACAUCGUGUUUUAGCUUGAAGUAUCAACAAUGGAGGCACCAAAUGUUAUUGAUCAAGACCAGCAAUGGCUUCUGAAUUGCUUGACUGCAACUCUUGAUACUGAUCGUGAUGUUCGGUCUUUCGCCGAGGCUUCGCUCCAGCAAGCUUCUCUGCAACCAGGUUUUGGAGUGGCCUUGUCGAAGGUUACAGUGAACAGAGAUAUUCCUCUGGGACUGCGUCAACUAGCUGCUGUCUUGUUGAAGCAAUUUGUGAAGCAACAUUGGCAAGAAGAUGACCCAAAUUACAUACAGCCAGUGGUUUCUCCUGCUGAGAAGGCUCUUAUCCGCAAUCUUCUUCCCUUGGCUUUGGAUGACCCUCAUGGUAAAAUCUGUGUGGCAGUUGGCAUGGCAGUGGCAUCCAUUGCCCAGUAUGAUUGGCCAGAGCAAUGGCCUGAGUUGAUGCCUUUUCUUUUGAAGCUAAUCAGUGAUCAGACAAAUAUGAAUGGAGUACGUGGAUCUCUACGAUGUUUGGUUGUUCUCUCUGGUGAUUUGGAUGACACUGUGGUGCCGACUUUAGUGCCUGUUCUCUUUCCAUGCUUAUACAACAUCGUCUCCUCCUCACAUGUUUAUGACAAGAAUAUGAGAAGGAAAGCUCUUUCAAUAUUUCAUAGCUGCGCGUCAACAUUGGGGGCAAUGACUGGUGUCUAUAAGACAGAAACAAUGCAAUUGAUGAUGCCAAUGAUAAAAGCAUGGAUGGAACAAUUUUCAUGUGUUUUACAACCUCCAAUGCGUACUGAGGAUCCUGAUGAUUGGAGCAUUAGGAUGGAGGUAUUGAAGUGUUUAAUCCAAUUAGUACAAAAUUUUCCCAGUCUCGCAAAAGAGGAGUUCACCAUUAUCUUGGCGUCAUUAUGGAAAACCUUCGUGUCAUGUCUUAGAGUAUAUGAAUUAUCUGCGAUUCGAGGAACAGAUGAUCCUUAUUCUGGAAGAGUGGAUUCAGAGGGUGGGGACGUUAGCCUUGAGGCUUUUGUUAUUCAGUUAUUUGAGUUUCUAUUGACCAUUGUGGGUGACUCCAAGCUAGUGAAGGUUGUUGGGUGUAAUCUUAUAGAGCUGGUAUAUUAUACUAUUGAUUUCCUUCAGAUGACAGAGGAACAGGUGCAAACUUGGUCUUCAGAUGCCAACCAAUAUGUUGCUGAUGAGGAUGAUGUUACGUAUAGUUGUCGUGUCUCAGGGAUCUUAUUGUUAGAAGAAGUUGUUAAUGCAUAUGAGGAAGAAGGGAUAAAGGCCAUAUUAGAAGCUGUGCAAAAGCGAUCAAGGGAGUCUUCUGAAGCUAAGGCUUCUGGUGCUGCAGAUUGGUGGAAGUUGAGGGAGGCAGCUAUUUUUGCUUUAGGUUCUCUUUCAGAGUCAUUUCAUGGAGAACAGGUUGAUGGAGUGACUCUCGGCUUUAAAGAUCUUUUAGAGCAUAUUCUUACUGAAGAUGUCCAGAUAAGGGCGCAUGAGUAUCCUUUUCUUCAUGCACGUGCUUUUUGGGCUGUUGCCAAGUUUUCCUCUGUGGUUGGCCGUAGGAUUCAUGAACAGUAUCUCUAUGCUGCUAUGAAAGCAAUUGCUUCAGAUAGCCGUUCACCUGUAAUAAUUGGUGCUUGCCGAGCUCUCUCCCAGCUCUUACCAGAGUCAAGCCCAGAGAUUGUUCAGCCACACAUAAUGGGACUGCUUUCUGCUGUAACUGAACUUCUUAAGCAGGCUUCUGACGAAACACUUCACUUGGUGUUAGAAACACUGCAAGCAGCAAUUAAGGCAGGGAGUUCUGCAUCGUCAGCUUUAGAACCAAUUCUCUCUCCUUUGAUCCUUAACAUGUGGGUGCACUAUGUUUCAGAUCCAUUUAUCAGCAUUGACCUUGUUGAAGUUUUAGAGGCAAUCAAGAAUGUUCCUGGAUGUCUGCAGCCUCUUGUCUCGCGGAUUUUACCUUCCAUUGCCCCUGUUUUGGAAAAUCCGCAGCAGCAGCCUGAAGGAUUGGUUGCAGGUUCAUUGGAUAUAUUGACUAUGUUGUUGAAGAAUGCUCCUGUGGAAGUCGUAAAAGUGGCAUUUGAGGUUUGCUUCAAUUCUAUCAUCAAGAUAGUUAUUCAAAGUGAGGAUCAUGGUGAGAUGCAAAAUGCAACAGAAUGCUUAGCUGCGUUUGUACUAGGGGGUAAAGCAGAAUUGCUCUCUUGGGGAGGAGAUCCUGGGUUUACAUUGAGAAGUCUGCUGGAUGCGGCUUCAAGGCUUCUGGACCCUAAUUUGGACAGCUCUGGAUCACUCUUUGUGGGUAGCUACAUUCUACAACUUAUUUUGCAUAUGCCUUCUCAAAUGGCACAGCACAUUCGGGAUCUUGUUGCUGCCAUUGUCAGGCGCAUGGAAUCUUGUCAGAUAGCUGGCUUGAAAAGUGCACUGCUACUCGUCCUUGCCAGACUGGUUCAUCUCAGUGCCCCAAAUGUUGGCCAUUUCAUUGAUUUGAUGAUUAGUUUGCCAGCAAAAGGUCAUGACAAUGCUCUUCCUUAUGUGAUGUCUGAGUGGACCAAGCAACAGGGAGAAAUGCAAGGAGCCUAUCAAAUUAAGGUUACAACAACUGCUCUGGCUCUUUUACUUUCCUCACAACAUGCAGAACUGGCAAAAAUAUCUGUUCAGGGGCAUCUUAUUAAGUCAAGUGCAGGAAUAGUGACUCGUUCAAAAGCUAAGCUUGCUCCUGAUCAAUGGACACUGAUGCCCCUUCCCGCAAAGAUACUUGCUUUACUGGCGGACGUGCUGAUUGAGAUUCAAGAGCAAGUUCUUUCUGGAGAUGAUGUGGACUCCGACUGGGAAGAACUGGAGGCAGAAGGUGAAACUCGCCUGGAUAUCCUGCACUCAGUCAGAGCUCUUUCAAACAAAAGACCCACAAUUGAUCAACUUGAUGCCAUGAAGAGUGUCUUCAAUGAGAACCAAGAUGAUGACUAUGAAGAUGACUUUGUAAAGGGUGUUGAUCCUCUUAAUGAGAUCAAUUUGUCAGUCUAUCUUGUGGAUUUCCUCAAAACAUUUUCAAGUACCAACAAACCAUCAUUUGAUCUUCUUUGCCAGAGUCUGACGGAUGCCCAGAGGAGUGCCAUACAUGCAGUUGUGAAAUAACAUCCUGUUUCUAAGUGAAAAACGAUUUGAAUAUUUUCUCAUUUUUCAAACCAGAACCUGUUCCAAAAAGCGGAAAGAUUUUCUCACUGGAGGGAUUGCAGAACUUAGUCUCCGUUUAAUCCAACACUGUGAUUAUGUUUGGGUUGAUAGGAGAGGCCUUAGUUGGAACUAUCAAAUGAGAGUGGGUUCAAUCUUGGUGACAGAUUUUGUAAUUUAUUCCAGGAAAAAGAAAAAAUUUUGUGAAGUUCAUUUGUAACAGUUGGGACGAUGUUCACUUAUGGACUGAUUUAGUUGUGGCAUUUUUUGAAUACGUGGUCCGCAUAAGGAGUGUGGAAAUUCAUUGUUGUAUGAAGAGUGUUGGUCUCACUAUGUAUUUGAGCGUUUGUGGCUUUACGCCCUUGAAUGAAAAGUAGCAGUGGUCGCUGCCAUGGUUUUUUUUA